AUGGAUGAUAAUCCAAGAAAAAGAGCAUCAAGUUCUCAAAUUCCUAUUGUCAUUGCAAGCAGUGAAUGUCUAAUGAAUAAGCUUGCAUCCUGUUUGAUAAUGGACAUACUAUCAAGAUUGCCCAUCAAGACCAUCUUGAAUUGCCGGUGUGUUUGCAAGACUUGGCUUGACUUCAUAUCAGAUUCUUUCUUUGCCAAGCUCCAUCUUGAAAGAUCACCCACCAGCUUGCUAGUCAAAACCAUAUCAAACAAUCCUGAAUCAAGAAGCCUCCAGCUUGUCCAAAUAAAUGGAAAGCCUGUUGGUUUGCGCUUCCGUGUUGCUGAAGAAAUGAAGUUUGUUCAGGAAAUCAACCUACCCUAUAAUAAUGAUUUCUUGAUUGCAAACUCUUGUAAUGGGCUUCUUUGCAUUUCUGAAACCUUCCAAGACGGCUCCCAUGAUGACAUUUAUUUGUGCAAUCCAAUUUUGGGGGAGUAUAUCUCCAUUCCACUCGCUGCUGGUCAAGGUACAAGGCAAAAGAGUAGUUUCAGAUUGGGAUACAGUGCCAUUACUAAAGAAUACAAAGUGUUGCGCACUUUUUAUUCGAAGAAAGGGCCUGAUUCCCAGCCUGAGGCUGAGAUAUACACGAUUGGUACAGGGAAAUGGAGAGGUGUUCACAAAGCUCUUCGUAGUCUCGAUAUUCUCAUGUUCGAUAGUUUUGUCUGCGGAUCAAUCCAUUGGGUCUUUCGUGAUGAAGACACUUGUGUGAAUGUUAUAGGUUCUUUUAACUUUGAGAAUGAGCAAUUUAGCCAAUUGUCCUUGCCGCCUUGCUAUGAUGAGGGCUGUGUUACAUUGACAGUUUUUGAAGGUUGUCUGGGCGUGUCUUUCUUCAACACCGAUUCUGAUCCUCAAUUUGAAAUAUGGGUUAUGAAGGAGUAUGGGAACAAGCAAUCUUGGACCAAACUGUUUACCGGUAGAAACCUAGAUUUUGGAAACCUAUAUGAGCCCUUGAUUUUCUUGAACAGUGGAUUGAUCUUGAUGAUGAACAAUCAUGAACGUUUUGCUAUUUAUGACACAAGAAGGAAAUUCAUGAAAGUUAUUAGAAUAUGUCAUAUUCAGGGAAGCAAAUAUGCAAUUGCAUACAAACCAUCCUUCGUUUCGCUGAAGGAUGUAGCAAAAGGAGAACAGCUGAAGAUGUUAAGGAAGCAAGCUGGUAGAGAAGAUGACGAGUCCUCUUCUGCAGGAGCAUGUAACUGCACCAGUCAUGAUCAACUUUCUGAGAGCAUUCCUCCACGGUACUAAGCACCAGUCGUGAUUUUAGUUGUUAUGCUCUUUGCUUUUUGCUGUUGAUUGC